GGUCAGGGGAGGGUAUGUGAACGACGACGGUGUGAGGAGGGGAGCUGCAGACAUUUCUCCUCCGUCCCUGCUCGCCCAGCUUGGCGGGAGCUCUGUGCUGCGACCUGGGGAGGCCCCUCGGACGGCAGUGGAUCCUGAGCCCUUGGCCCCGGGUGGAGAAGUCUCUGCGCAUCACCUCAUGCGCUGCCUGCGUCCAUAAAGCUGCAUUCCGUGCUACCUGGCAGAGAGCUCCAUCUCGUCUCGUCUCAUCUCACCUCGCGGUCCUGGAACUGCCUCAGCAUGGCCAUCUCAUCACGCCUCGCCCUGUGGGAGCAGAAGAUUCGGGAAGAGGACAAGAGCCCCCCACCAUCCUCGCCCCCUCCCCUUUUCUCUGUCAUCCCAGGGGGCUUCAUUAGGCAGCUGGUCCGAGAGACUGAGAAAGAGUCCAAGGAAGCUAGACUGAGGAAAGAGGCAGCUCUUGCCUCUCCGGAACGAGAGAUCCCAGAGGUUUCUGCUGGCCAGCCCAGCGCUGGCACCAAGCCUGGGAGCCAGAAUGCCCAGUCAGGCCCUCCCCCGAGCGCAGACGUUCUGGGCAGGAAGGAUGAGGAGGCCGGGACCAAGGACCCUGUGCUGAUGACCAUCAAUGGCGAGAAGCCCCAAGAGUCAGGCCCCAGUGGGACACCUGCCAAAAAAAGCCUGCCCUUCAAGAGAGGGGUGAGGAGGGGUGACGUGUUGUUGAUGGUGGCCAAGCUGGACCCGGACUCAGCCAAGCCAGAGCAGAGGACCCAGCCCCGCGAUGCCCCUACUUCCAAGACCCCACCCCCAGCCACGGAUCCUGGAGGGGGAAAAAAGGGGGACACCCCAGGGACUUCUCGUGGCCCCCAGGCCAGCACCACAGAUACACCUCCGAAGGCUGAGAAGACGCAGACUGGGGGCCUUGGGGACCCAGGAACUGUGCUGCCGAUGAAAGGGGAGCAGGAUCAAGGCACAGUGGGAAAAGGGGGCGAGGCCCCCCAGACCAAAGGGGUGAAAAGGGGGGAGCUCCAGGGCAAAGAGGGGUUGGGUGAUGGGGGUCAACCAGGGACAGAGGAGAAGGGGGCAGGGGAUCCCCCAAAUAAGGGGGCAAAGGGGAGUCUCUCCAAGGAUGUAGCAGGUGAAGGGAAGUGGGCUGGGGCCCAAGCCCCGGUGAGAAGAUGGGGAAGUUCCCUGGGCAGAAGGGGCAAGUGGGACAGUCCCCAGCGUAAGAAGGACAAAGAAGGUCCGCUCCUGAGUAAGGCAGACAAGACGGAAGAACCUCAGACCAAGGUGGAGAAGACAGGCAAAGUGCCGGGGAAGGCGGGGGAGGCUCCCAGAGCCGUGGACAAGGCAGGUGAGCCUCAGAGCAGGACUGGGAAGGCAGGGGAGCCCCGGGGCAAGAUGGAAAAGGUGGGGCCACCUCAGAGCGCCUCUGAAGAAGUGAGUAAAGCCGAGGGUAAGGCAGAGAAGGAUGAUAAAGCCCCCAAGGAGGUGGAUGCACGUGGGGAUACCCCGACAACCGCUGGUAAGGAGGACCAGCCUGAGAGCAGAGGACAGAAAGCAGAGGAGCCCCGCCCCAGGGCAGGCAAAGGGGCCGGGGCCCUGGAGAUGGAGCCGGGAGGACCCGGGCAGCCUGCUCUGGACACGGAGAGCCAAGAGGGGCAUGGAGGAGGCCAGAGCAGAGUUUCGGAGCAGGCUCCUGAAGACAGAUGGUAUGAGGCAGAGAAGGUCUGGCUGGUUCAGAAGGACGGAUUCACUCUUGCAACGGUGCUGAAGCCAGACGAGGGAACAGCGGACCUGCCGGCAGGAAGGGUGCGACUGUGUGUUGAUGCCGACGGUAGCGUCACCGAGGUGGACGAGGAGCACGUUCACCGGGCCAACCCCCCGGAGCUGGACCAGGCUGAGGACCUGGCCUCCCUGGUCAGUGUCAAUGAGUCCAGUGUCCUGAACACGCUUCUACACCGCUACCAGGCUCAGCUACCUCACACCCUCGCCGGGCCCGACCUGAUCUUCCUCCAGCCCCAAGGGCUCAUGGCGCCCUCUGCCGGCAAGGUGCCCAGGAACCGCCGGGAUGGCCUGCCUGCCCACAUCAGCUCCCUGGCCCAGCGGGCCUACUGGGCUCUGCUGAGCCAGCGGAGAGACCAGAGCAUCGUGACCCUGGGCCGGAGUGGUGCUGGCAAGACCACCUGCUGCGAGCAGGUCCUGGAGCACCUGGUGGGGAUGGCGGGCAGCGUGGAUGGCAGUGUCUCAGUGGAGAAGAUUCGAGCGGCCUUCACUGUCCUCCGGGCCUUCGGCUCCGUGUCCACCGGCCACAGCCGCAGUGCCACCCGGUGCGCCAUGGUGAUGUCACUGGACUUUAACGCCACAGGCCGAGUCACGGCUGCCCAGCUCCAGACGAUGCUUUUGGAGAAGAGCCGCGUGGCCCGGCAGCCGGAAGGGGAAGGCAAUUUUGAGGUUUUCUCCCAGAUGCUAGCUGGGUUGGACCUGGAUCUCAGGACAGACCUGUACCUGCACCAGAUGGCAGACAGCAACUCCUUUGGCAUGGGCCUAUGGCCCAAGCCUGAAGACAAGCAGAGGGCAGCGGCCGCCUUUGCCCAGCUCCAGGGCGCCAUGGAGACGCUGGGCAUUUCAGAUGGAGAGCAGAGGGCCAUUUGGCGGGUGCUGGCAGCCAUCUACCACCUGGGCGCAGCGGGGGCCUGCAAAGUGGGCCGGAAGCAGUUCAUGCGCUUUGAGUGGGCCAGCCACGCAGCAGAGGCCUUGGGCUGCGAGUACGAGGAGCUGAACACGGCCACUUUCAAGCACCACUUGCGACAGAUCAUCGCGCAGGUGACGUCUGGGCCGAGCCGGCGGAGCCUGGAGGAUGAAGAAGCCGGCUCAGGGCUCAAGAUGACGGGCGUGGAGUGUGUGGAGGGCAUGGCCUCCGGCCUGUACCAAGAGGUCUUUGCCGCCGUGGUCUCGCUCAUCAACAGAUCCUUCUCCUCCCACCACCUCUCCAUGGCCUCCAUCAUGGUGGUGGACUCUCCAGGCUUUCAGAACCCCCGGCACCAGAGCAAAGACCGGGCCGCCACCUUCGAGGAGCUGUGCCACAAUUACGCUCAUGAGCGCCUGCAGCUGCUUUUCUACCAGCGGACCUUUGUCUUGGCGCUGCAGCGAUUCCGGGAGGAAGAUGUUCCUGUGCAGUUUGACCUCCCGGAGUCAUCCCCGGGGACCACAGUGGCCGUGGUGGACCAGACUCCCUCGCAGGUGCGCCUGCCAGCCGGAGGAGGUGCCGAGGACGCCAGGGGCCUGUUCUGGAUCCUGGAUGAGGAGGUCCGGGUGGAGGGCUCCCAGGACAGCGUGGUGCUUGAGCGCCUCUGUGCCGCCUCUGAGAAGCAUGGAGCUGGAGCUGAAGGAGCCUCUGCCCUCCGGACCUGUGAGCAGCCCCUCCAGUGCGAGAUUGCCCACCAGCUGGGGCACGACCCUGUGCGCUAUGACCUCACGGGCUGGCUCCACAGGGCCAAACCCAACCUUUCAGCCCUGGAUGCCCCCCAGGUCCUACAGCAUUCGAACAGGGAGGAGCUGAGGACCCUGUUCCAGUCCCGGGCCAAGCUGUCCCCCGUGUGCCGGGCCGUGGCCGGCCUGGAGGGCACCUCCCAGCAGGCCCAGCAGCGGAGCUGCGUGGUGCGGAGGACAUUCGCCAGCAGCCUGGCCGCGGUGAAGAGAAAAGCCCCCUGCUCCCAGAUCAAGCUGCAGAUGGAUGCAUUGAUCAGCGUGAUCAGACGGUCUGAGUUACACUUCAUCCACUGCCUGGUGCCGAGCACAGCGGUGGAGAGCAGAGGCGGGCAGGGGUCUCCGACUCCGCCACAGCCUGGUGGAGACAAGCCUGAGGCAGGCAGGUCCCUGCCCUUGGACAUCCCCGCACUGAGGGUGCAGCUCGCAGGAUCCUGCAUCCUGGAGGCGCUGCGUCUGCACAGAACAGGCUACGCUGACCACAUGGGGCUCACUCAGUUCCGCCGAAGAUUCCAGGUGCUGGACCCUGUGCUCGCGAAGGAGCUCAUAUCAGCCCCUGAAGGGGUGGACGAGAGGAAGGCUGUGGCGCAGCUCCUGCAGACACUGGACCUGGAGAAGAAGGCCGUGGCCGUGGGGCACAGCCAAGUCUUCCUCAAGGCGGGCGUGGUGUCCAGGCUGGAGAAGCAGCGGGAGAAGCUGGUGUCUCAGAGCAUCAUCCUGUUCCAGGCAGCCUGCAGGGGCUUUCUCUCUCGCCAGGGAUUCAAGAAGCUGAAGAUUCACCGACUGGCCGCCCGGUGCAUCCAGAAGAACGUAGCUGUGUUCCUGACAGUCAGGGACUGGCCGUGGUGGCGGCUCCUGGGUUCCCUUCGGCCCCUGCUGAGCGCCACCAUUGGGGAGGAGCAGCUCCGCACCAAGGAGGCGGAGCUCACAGCGCUGAGGCAGAAGCUAGAGAAGUCAGAGAAGUCUCGGAAUGAACUCCGGAUGAACGCAGACCUGCUGGAGAGCAAGAUCGCUGAGCUGACCACAGAGCUGGCUGAUGAGCGCUUCAAAGGGGACGUGGCCUGCCAGGUGCUGGAGACUGAGCGGGCAGAGCGGCUGCGGGCCUCCCGGGAGGUCCAGGAGCUAAAGAGCAAGUAUGAGCAAGUCCAGAAGAAUCUAGGAGAAGUGGAGAAGCGGUUGGAGGAAGCCCAGCAGAAAAUUCAGUUGAAUGAUUUGGAGAGGAGUCACACUGGGGGAGCGGACGAGUGGCAGAUGCGCCUCGACUGUGCUCAGAUGGAGAACGAGUUCCUCAGGAAGCGUCUCCAGCAGUCGGAGGAGAGGCUGGAGUCAGAGCUGGCAUCUAGGAAUGAGCUGGAGCAGAAGCUCGCGGAGCUGCAGAGGGCCUACGAGGGAGCCCAGAGGACAGCCCAGCAGCUCAAGAGGAGGUGCCACCUUCUGACCUGCGACCUGGAGGACACGCGCUUCCUGCUGGAGAACCAGCAGAGUCGAAACCACGACCUGGAGAAGAAGCAGAAGAAGUUUGACGCGCAGCUGGCCCAGGCCCUGGGGGAGUGCGUGUUUGAGAAGGGCCUCCGUGAGAAAGUGGCCCAGGAGAACACCAGCGUCCAGUGCGAGCUGGGCAAGCUUCAGCAGCUCUUGAAGCAAAAGGAGCAGGAACGCUUGCAGCUGAAGCAGGAGGUGGAGAUGCUGCAGGCCCAGAAGCAGGAGCUGCUGAGGUCACCGUCUCUGGGGGAGAACUGCAUUGCGGGCUUGAAGGAGAGGCUCUGGAAGCUGGAAUCCAGCGCCCUCGAGCACGAAAAAGUCCAGAACCAGCAGGAAAACACCAUCAAGCAGCUGGAGCAGCUCCGCCAGCGGUUUGAACUAGAGAUUGAACGGAUGAAGCAGAUGCACCAGAAGGACCGUGAGGACAAGGAGGAGGAGCUGGAGGACGUCCGCCAGUCCUGCCAGAGGCGGCUCCGCCAGCUGGAAAUGCAGCUGGAGCAAGAGUACGAGGAGAAGCAGAUGGCCCUCCACGAGAAGCAGGACCUGGAAGGCUUGAUCGGAACCCUCUGCGACCAGAUCGGCCAUCGGGACUUUGACGUGGAGAAGCGUCUUCGGAGGGACCUCAGGAGGACUCACGCGCUGUUGUCAGACGUGCAGCUCCUGCUGGGGGCCAUGGAGGACGGCAAGACGUCGGUCAGCAAGGAGGAGCUGGAGAAAGUGCAGAGCCAGCUGGAGCAGAGUGAAGCCAAGUGUGAAGAUGCCUUGAAGACCCAGAAGGCGCUGACGGCAGACCUGGAGAACAUGCAUAGCGAGCUGGAGAGCAUGACCCGCAGCAAAAGCCUGGUGGACGAGCAGCUGUACCGGCUGCAGUUUGAGAGGGCGGACCUCCUGAAGCGCAUUGAUGAGGACCAGGACGAUCUGAACGAUCUCAUGCAGAAGCACAAGGACCUCAUUGCUCAGUCUGCUGCUGACAUUGGGCAGAUCCAGGAACUGCAGCUGCAGCUGGAGGAAGCCAAGAAGGAGAAGAACAAGCUUCAAGAACAACUGCAGGUGGCCCAGAUGCGCAUCGAGUACCUGGAGCAGUCCACCGUGGACCGGGCCAUCGUCAGCAGGCAGGAGGCGGUCAUCUGUGACCUGGAGAACAAGACAGAGUUCCAGAAAGUGCAAAUCAAGAGAUUUGAGGUGCUGGUGAUCCGGCUUCGGGACAGCCUGAUCAAGAUGGGCGAGGAGCUCUCGCAGGCGGCCGCGGCCGAGUCCCAGCAGCGGGAGAACAGCCAGUACUACCAGCGGCGCCUGGAGGAGCUUAAGGCGGACAUGGAAGAGCUGGUGCAGCGGGAGGCCGAGGCCAGCCGGCGGUGCAUGGAGCUGGAGAAGUACGUGGAGGAGCUCGCCGCGAUACGACAGACCCUGCAGACUGACCUGGAGACGUCCAUCCGCCGGAUCGCCGACCUGCAAGCGGCCUUGGAGGAGGUGGCCUCCAGCGACAGCGACACAGAGAGACCCUGGCAGCCCAAGAAUAACAGACGCUUUCUUGUGCCUCCUCCUAGCGUCCAGACAGCAGUGAACUGCGGCGGCGGCAGUAGCAGAAAAGAGAUAGAUGACGUCUCCACCCUCAGCUCCCAGCCGGGGGCCAGUCUGCAGUCUUGGCUAAGUUGUACUCUGUCCCUGGCCACAGACACCGCAAGGACCCCCUCGCGACAGUCAGCCGUCAGCAGCCGUACCCUCAGCCCCAGGACCCACGAGGAGGCCGGCGAUGGGGCCCGGGACGUCCGCAGCAGGACCUCGGGGGACAAGGCCGCGUCCCCGCUCUCCCGCCGCCGGGGAACGUAUGGCCACUUCGGGGAUGGCGAAGAGUGCGGCGUCCAGAGAAAGACCCCCGAGAGGCCGGGGGCACCGCCCUCCCCGUCUUCCCGGAGUGGAGACGCGUCCCCGCUACCGCGGGACAAGCUGCCCAGCCCGUCGGCCGCCCUGUCGGAGUUCGUGGAAGGGCUCCGGAGGCAGAGAGCGCAGAGAGGCCGGGGGUCACCGCUCGGCCUGGAGGACUGGCCCACGCUCCCCAUCUACCAGACCACCGGGGCGUCCACGCUGAGGAGGGCUCGGGCGGGCAGCGACGAGGGCGCCCUGGCGCUGAGAGCCGGCGCCGGCUCAGCCCUGGAUGCGUCGGCCGGGCUCCCACGGUCCACCAGCCUCAAGUGCAUCUCCUCUCAGAGCGUGGGGAGCCCCAGCCCGCCCCCCGAGAAGCUGAAGACCCGCUUCAGCUCCUGCGAGUCCCUCCUGGAGUCGGGGCCCAGCUCGCAGAGGACGCCCCCCUCCCCGGCGGCUGCGCGCAGGGACCCGCUCUUGUCGCCCACGCUGCGCCCGCGGAGGCGCUGUCUGGAGUCCUCGGUGGACGAUGCGGGCUGUCCGGACCUCGGCAAGGAGCCUCUCGUCUUCCAGAACCGCCAGUUCGCCCACCUGAUGGGGGACCCCCUGGGCAGCGACCCGUUCAGCUGGAAGGUCCCAAGCCUCAACUACGAACGCAAGACCAAAGUGGAUUUCGAUGACUUCCUGCCGGCCAUCCGGAAGCCCGAGACGCCCACGUCCUUGGCCCGAGGGGCCAAAGAUGGGCGAGACAGUUCACAGCAUUCAAGCGUCCGCUUUGAGACGGAAGAGGCCGACCGGGGCUUUGUCUCCGGGAUCGGCACCGUCUUGAAAAGGAGUCCGGAGUCCAGGGAGGACCUUGCUCACCUCUCCGACUCGUCCUCCUCCUCCAGCUCCAUCAUGUCCUUCAAAAGCGCCGACAGCGUCAAGAGUCGGCCGAGUGCCCCCCGGCUGGAGGGCGACGGCGGCGAGCGGGCGUCCCCCGAGAACAGAGAGCCGGGCACAGGGAGGAAAGAGGAGGCCGUGGAGAGCAUCAUGAGGAAGUACCUGCGGAAGUAGGAGCCCGCUCAGCCUCCUGGGACACAUUGCCCUUGAAGACUUCCUGAUUCCACGACUGUCCGGAGAGAGAGACAAAGACCGGCCAGGCCUCCCUGGGGGACCCGAGUCCACAGCCAGCGUGGCUGCCCUCGAGAGGCCGGGGGGCCCAGCCGCGGCACAUCCCGAGGGCGAGGGGCUCCCAGCGUGCUAGGUCUGUACCCAAUAAAGCCUUGGCUCCUUGG